AUGAGACCGGGAAGCGAACUGAGAAUACGAGAUCAUUCUAAGGAGAUAAAUGACAUUGUGAAGAGUAUCAGGAAUGAGUUCUACGUGUAUUCUGCGUUUGUGGAGAGACAUAGGAAGGUGGGCGUACGAGUGAUAGCGAUUAUCAACGCGCACAGUCUGCUUGACGACGUAAUUUGCCGUAUUUGGAUGCCCGAUGGUCGCGUACUUACACUUAAAGCCCGAGUUAAGGUGGUUCCAGAGAAUUUGCAUUUGAAUUACAAUGCGGCGUAUGUCCUGUGUGAUAUCCAUGAUACCGGUGUGGAAUCCCAUGAGACGGAGGGAGCAGCGCUUGCAGUAAUUGCCUCCGAAGCCGCUGACAGAACUCCCACUAACUUCCUGAACGUGAUCAACCCUUUCCCCGACUCUGAAGAUUAUCUGAGUUCACUCCACGUUUGCGUGAAACCGUUUGACUUUUCAUACCACAGGGUGGAUUGGAUGAUAGAAUGGAUUGAGCUGAACCGGUUGCUAGGAGUGUCACACUUUUACAUGUACAACGACUCAGUGAGUGAUCAGAUGGAAUGCCUCCUCAGAUAUUACGCACGACAAGGUCUGAUCACAGUACUACCAUGGAAUAUGCCCAUAUCUCACGAUGAUAUUAGGACUACAGGACAGAACGCUGCGUUCAAUGAUUGCCUCUACCGGUCGAAGUCAACCGCGGGCUGGUUGCUGAUUAUCGACACAGACGAGGUAGUGAUGCCGCGACAAGAAGACAAUUUGACAGCCUUACUAAACUCACUUAACAAAAACUACAGCGCGCCUGAUAUCAGGAUCGGGGCCUUUAUGUUUAGAAACGUUUACUUCUAUCUAGGCUUGCAGGACGAUCCUGAGUCGCCUGUGCCAUUGUUAACGUCGCGUAAGACAAGGCGGAUGCUGAAGCCAACUCCCUUGCCAGAGCGGGCCAAGUACAUAGUACGUCCUGGCAACCAUUUGAUUUGGAGGAAUGUAACGGGCGCUGCCAUUGUGCACGUGCCUGAAGAAGAUGCACUGUUGCAUCAUUACCGGGAAAAUUGUGUUGAUACUGAGCCGUGCGCAUUAGUCCUAGAUAAGGACAAAAAUGGACAGGACAGAAACGUAACAGAACACAAUAUAAUAGUAGAUAGAACAGCACAUAGAUGGGCAAACAAACUAUGGAAGAGAGUGGUUUUUGAAACUUCAAACUUGAGGUACAGUCCAGCGUACGUGCUGUGUGAUAUGCGUCGUACCGGUGUGGAACCCCAUGAGACGCAGGGAGCAGCCCUUGCAGUCAUUGCUUCCAUGGCUGCCAACAAACCGCCUACUAACUUCCUGACCGUGAUCAACUCUUUCCCCGAUUCUAAAGUUAAUCUGAGUUCACUCCACGUUUGCGUGAAACCUCUCCACUUUUCAUACCACAGGGUGACUUGGAUGAUAGAAUGGAUUGAGCUGAACCGGUUGCUUGGAGUGUCACACUUUUACAUGUACAACGACUCUGUGAGUGGCCAGAUGGAUUGCAUCCUUAGAUAUUACGUAGGACAGGGUCUCGUCACGUUGCUACCAUGGAAUAUACCCAUUUCCGUGUCUGACGGUAACUUGAUUAAAAUUAGAGGACAGCAGGCGGCCUUCAACGACUGCGUCCUUCGGUCGAUGUCAACCGCAGCCUGGUUGUUGAUUAUCGAUACAGACGAGGUGGUGAUGCCGCGGCUCGAGGACAAUUUGACGGCCUUGCUAGAUUCAUUUAGUAAAAUCUUCGGUGCGGCUCAGCCCAGGGUUGGCGGUUACUUGUUUAGGAACGUUUUCUUCUAUCUAGGCUGGCAGGAUGACCCAGAGUCACCGAUGCCAUUAUUGACGUCACUUAAAACACGGCGGAUGACUUAUCCGACCCCAUGGUCAGCUCGGACCAAGUACGUAGUACGUCCGGUCGAAGUCAUAGAACCUGGCAACCAUUUCAUUUGGACGCACGCGCCGGGCGCCACCACUUUGCUCAUGCCAGAGAAUCAAGCAUUGUUGCAUCAUUACCGUGAAAAAUGUCUCUCGGGGUCGUGCCCACAAGUGGACAUGCAGAAAGGACGACAGAAAAGAAGCAAACUAGAUGAUACAAUUGUAGACAGAACAGCACAUAGAUGGACUCAAAAACUGUGGAAGAAUAGUUGGCGAAAUCGCACGAAACGCUUCGAGUCAGAAGACGUACAACAAGACUCACCUGGGCGGUUACCACAAGAUGGCGUGUGGCAACCUGUUUAUUAUACUAAGCGUAAGUUCUACGUGUAUUCCGCGUUUCUGGAGAGAGCUGCAAAGGCGGUGGUGCGCGUGAUAGCGAUUACCAUCACUCUCCCUCCGUAUGACUCUGUGAUUUGUCGCAUGUGGCUGCCUGACGACCGCGUGAUCACACUUAGCGCCCAAGUUCAGAUGCCGAAGAUUCAAAUUGAAAAGCGAUACAGUGCAACAUUCGUACUGUGCAAUCUCCGGGAUACAGGCAUCGAGCCCCACGAGGCGCAAGGAGCAUCGCUUGCGGUCAUGGCUUCCACCGCCGCUGACAGACCUCCCAGUAACCUCCACAAAGUUAUCGACUCUUUUCCAAAACACGGUUCUGAUAUUUAUCGGAAUUCUCUCCACGUGUGCGUAUCAUCAUUCCACUUAUCAUACGACCGUGUGGACUGGAUGGUAGAAUGGAUUGAGAUGAACCGGUUGCUCGGAGUGUCACACUUCUACAUGUAUGAAGGCUCUGUGACUGACCAAGUGAGCUGCCUCCUCAGCCACUACCAGCGGCAAGGCCUCCUCACUUUGUUUCCUUGGAACCUACCGGGACCUGUCAAACAUAAAAUUAGUACGAGAGCACAGGUCGCCGCCCUCAACGAUUGCCUUUACCGGUCGAUGUCAACCACGGGUUGGUUGCUGGUUACUGACACAGACGAGCUGGUGAUACCGCGGCAUCAUAGCAACUUGACAACAUUGCUGGAUUCAUUUACCAAAACUUAUACAAGCAAGCACAAAACCCUUGCCGGCUUGGUCUUCAAAAACUUCUUCUACUUUCUUGGCUUUGAGGACGAUCCUAACGCACCGGUGCCCUUGAUAACGUCACGCAAAACUCGGCGGAUGGAGACUCCAAAUCUACAACAAAGGACUAAAUACGCAGUGAGACCGCUCGAGAUCAUAGAAACCGGUGUCCAUGAAGUUUUCCAGCACACACCAGGAGUCGUAAUUGCUGAUGUGUCUGCUGAACAAGCCCCGAUGCAUCAUUACCGGGUAAAAUUCAUUGAUAACGACCCGAAUAUAAAGCAACUUUUAAAUGAGUCAACAGUGGACAGGACAGCACUUAGAUGGUCAAAAGAUCUGUGGAGAAGAGUAAAAGCGAAGCUUCAAAACAUACAGUGCCAGCAGGCAGGGAAAUUGCAAUUAAAUCGUCCUGAUAGCACACCGUCUACACCGUCACUACGAAGUUAAUAGCAAAUAAGGCAAAGGGAAAUAAGAUAAAGAAC